GUACUCCACGCGGCUGUCAUGGCUCCGAACGUAAACAGAAAGUCUAAUAACGGCACAAUUAGUUUGCAGUUUUUAGCCAAAUUAACUGCAGCUACACUUUAACUGUAAUUACCAGCCGGAGAAAGAAGUGCCAGGUACUCGCAAGGUUCAAGUAGCUACAGAGUCACUUACAGGAAUCACAUGUCGGGGGGAAACAAAGCCAUCGAGUUACAGCUUCAGAUGCGGCAAAAUGCGGAGGAUCUGCACAGCCUCAUGAGGGACCUGGAGAGCUGGGAGACUGACAUAAAGAAGAAGGACGAGGAGCUGAGGACGGGAGGACUUCAGGAGGCCCAGAAGAAGCUCCCGCCUGUGCGCAACAAAGACUACAAAACAAAGAUGAGGGAAAAGAAGAAGAAAAAGACAAAGAAGGAGCCAGCAGGCAACGGUGACGCAAGGGGAGAGGAGCCCAAGCAAGCCUCAAAGAUUAAAGGCUACGACUAUCGAUCAUGGGACAAGUUUGACGUGGAUAAGGCUCUGGCAGAGAUGGAUAAGGAGGAAAGUCCUGCAGAGUCAAAUGAGUCCGACUCCGAGGAAGCUGCAGUUGAUAAGGAGAAAGCACUGGCUGAGAAAGAUAAGGGAAACACGUUUUUCAAAGCUGGGAAGUACGAUGAAGCCAUUGAGUGUUACACCAGAGGGAUGGGUGCAGAUCCAUACAGCCCUGUGCUUCCCACAAACCGAGCCACCUCCUUCUUCAGACUCAAAAAGUAUGCUGUGGCAGAGUCCGACUGCAACUUGGCUAUCGCUCUGGACAGCAACUACUUCAAAGCGUACGCCCGAAGAGGAGCAGCACAGUUUGCGCUGAAGAAAUAUGAAUCUGCACUAGAAGAUUAUGAGAUGGUUCUGAAGCUUGACCCCGGGAACGUGGAAGCACAGAAUGAAGUGAAACGAAUCAAAGAGACCCUCGGCCAUCAGGCACAGGCCGUCACGAGCGAAGCCGCACAGCCACAGGAGGCUCCCACAGCGGACCCUGAGCAGCAGAGGCGACAGGUGGAGCAGCAGAGGCGACAGGAGGCGGUUAUUCAAAAAGACAGAGGGAAUGCUUAUUUCAAAGAGGGGAAGUAUGAAGCGGCUGUUGAGUGCUACAGCAGUGGCAUGGAGGCAGACAGCAUGAACGUCCUACUGCCCGCCAACAGAGCCAUGGCCUACCUCAAGCUGGAGAAAUAUAAGGAGGCAGAGGAGGACUGCAGCAAAGCCAUUUUUCUGGACAGGACGUACUCCAAGGCCUUCGCCCGUCGUGCCACCGCCAGAGUGGCCCUAGGAAAACUGAAGGAGGCUAAACAAGAUUUUCAGGAGGUGUUGAAACUGGAACCAGGGAACAAGCAGGCCCUGAAUGAGCUCCAGAAACUCCAGAUUGACAUGGGUUCCAGCAGCCUCCUUCAAACAGCAGACAGCACACAGAGGAGAACAGUCCAGCCGUUUGACAAACCAACACAUCUGCGGUCAACGAAACCUCUAAGGAGGAUUGAUAUUGAGGAAGUGAGUGGAAAGGUGACGGUGCUUGAGGUGGAGUCAGGUGGGUCCAAGUCCUUCAUCCAGGAGGUGAUGAGGGAGGCUGAGGAUGAAUCAUCUCCACUGUCGACAUCACCCAGCGCCAAGAUGAUCAAGAUCGAGGAGAUAGCAGAAGUCCCUUCACACUCAUCUGACCAAGUUCCAGCUAGCAGAGAGACCAAACAACCUGCGCAGAGGGAAAUCGCUCAUCCUCCUGAACCGUCAACCACCCCCUCCACGACAGUAACAGACCCGCCUCCUCCACCCACCAACAGCUUCCAGCUGGAGGCCGACCUCCGAAAGAUCGGAAACCAACCUGAAGUGAUUUACAGAUAUCUGAGGCAAAUCAAGCCCGAAGCGUACAGAAACAUUUUCCUCAACUCCCUUGAACCUGACAUUCUCAAUCAGAUCCUGAGGACGCUGCAUGGUUUCUAUAUCAAGAAUGAAGCACCGGCCAUCACACUGGAGAUCCUCAGGAGUCUAGCAAGUGUAAGGCGCUUCGACAUGGCUGUCAUGUUCCUGUCGUCUCCGGAAAAGAAAGUGCUUAAAGAAGUGUUUGACUUCCUUCACCAAGCUGAUCUGGAGGGAUCAUCUGUCGCAGCCUUACAGAAGAAGUACGGUGUGUGAUGCUGGGAUUUCAGACAAAUCUGCAACUUCUGUAGACUUUAAAUUACAACACAGAGCACCUCAUCGUUUUACAUCAAGCCAACUAAACAAUGUAGUUCUAUUCUAAUUCUGAAUAAACUUUCAUUAAAGUGGACUGCUGUGUAGUGGCCCUUCUCCUGUCAAAACGCUGAUGUCAUCAUCUUUCUAUAUUGAUAACACUGUGUUUAUUUAAAGUUGGAAGUUGGAAAUUCACAAACUGUACAUUGUAAUUCUGAGCUUCAUGCAUUUUAGUGUUACAGCUGAUAAAAACAGAGUCUGCAACAGCUAAUGUCAUUAUUGAAGAUACUGAUGAAAAUCAGCAGCUUUACAGUGUAAUGUUUAAUUAUUUACUGCUCAACUGCUUCCAUAAAUUUACAAGUAAAUUUUAUUUUGAGGGUUGUUGAAUUCAAACUUUAUGCAGCUUUAUGGAAACUUUACACCAAUGACCACUUGACCUCUUGGAAGCUGGGAUUCAGGAUGCAGAUAUUUUACGUUGAAAUUCAUUUUAUAAACAUGUUGGUGUGUUGCAAAAUGGAGGCAGAUAAGGACAUAGUAUAGGGGAUUAUACCCCAACCAGAAGGGGUGUUAUAUUAACAGGAAGUGUGAAAUUACUACUGUACUCUCCCUGUUUGAAUGUUCCAUUCUUUAAUCUACCAAAAAUGAUCUGACAUUUUUGGAUAAACCAGCUCCGGUUUGACUGUGGAGAAUGUGUGUGUGAACGUUAAGGGACUAAGUUUGAGUCUCAAGUGUUUUUAGAAAACUGAACUACAAAUAAAGGUGUAUUUUGUUA